ACCCCCCCGUCCCCAGGGCUCGGACCCCCCCGUCCCCAGGGCUCGGACCCCCCCGUCCCCAGGAGCCGGCGGCGGGCCCUCCCGCUGCCCGUUCUCCCCCUCAAGAACACAGCGCCACCAAGAGAAAAUGGCCUCUUGGCUGGAUAUGCGUGAUAAAAUGAGGAAAUGGAGGGAAGAAAACUACCGAAACAGUGAACAGAUAGUGGAUGUUGGAGAAGAGUUAAUUAAUGAAUAUGCAUCUAAACUUGGAGAUGACAUUUGGAUAAUUUAUGAACAGGUGAUGAUUGCUGCCCUGGACUGCAGUCGAGAUGAUCUGGCAUUGUUUUGUCUUCAGGAACUAAGGCGGCAGUUUCCUGGGAGCCACAGAGUUAAACGAUUAACUGGAAUGCGAUUUGAAGCUAUGGAAAGGUAUGAUGAUGCUAUCCAGUUAUAUGAUAGAAUUUUACAAGAAGAUUCAACUAAUACAGCAGCAAGAAAGCGUAAGAUUGCCAUUCGAAAAGCCCAGGGGAAGAAUCUCGAGGCCAUCCGAGAGCUGAAUGAGUAUCUGGAACAAUUUGUUGGAGACCAAGAAGCUUGGCAUGAACUUGCAGAGCUUUACAUCAAUGAACAUGACUAUGCAAAGGCAGCCUUCUGCUUAGAGGAGCUUAUGAUGACUAAUCCACACAACCACUUAUAUUGUCAGCAAUAUGCUGAAGUUAAAUACACUCAAGGGGGUCUUGAAAACCUUGAGCUAUCAAGAAAGUAUUUUGCACAAGCACUGAAGCUUAACAACAGAAAUAUGAGAGCUCUGUUUGGACUUUACAUGUCUGCCAGUCAUAUUGCUUCCAAUCCAAAAGCAAGUGCAAAAAUGAAAAAGGAUAAUAUGAAAUAUGCCAGCUGGGCAGCAAACCAAAUAAACAGAGCAUACCAGGUUAGUACAUCAUUGCUUUAUGAUACUCUUAACAUGCUGUAUAGUUCUUUUCUGCCCUUUUUUCAGCUGCUGUUUAAGAGGUAAACAUGUAAACCAGCA